AAGGUUGUGGCAAGAAGUUCAAAUUAACCCAAAAGUCCGCCCCUCUUUUCCAAUGGCAUCAUCUCGAAGUUUUUCAUGAUGAAAGAUGUGCCAAUUGUCGGCUAAAAGAGUUUAAGGAGUUAAUUGCUGAGGCUCAAAGAAAGGGUCAACAUCUUACCGAGGAGGGCAAAGAAUACUUAAAAGAAUUAGAGGAGAUGGCUACGGAGGAGAGUAGUAGUAGCAGUAGUCCCACACCAACCAGUCCCAUUUCUCCCCCAAGUAGUUCAUCCCCAACAACUUCAACUAGUAAAUUAGGAAAGAAAAAGAAACGAUUAACCACUGAAUAA